UUCGAAAAUAAAAACUUUCGUCAAAUUCAUCAGUAAAGUAUCAAAAUCAUUCUUGAAUGCUUCGUACCAUUUCAAAUUCUCUCAAUCCUUUAUUCGGAAGUCCAAAAAAAUCGACGGAUUCAGAUCGUUUUGAGGGAGAGAAAGCUCAUAGAAUCAAUAUGUCUUCACCGAAUGAUAUUACUCUUGCAGAGUUCAACCAAACUUUGACAAGAUAUCCUGCUUUACUCAAUAAGUAUGCAAAUGACGGUGCGUUCAAUCUUUUUUAGACUCUUUGCAAAAGAUUACGUGGUUGAUUUUAUAUUCUUUGUAGCACGGGAAGGUGUUACUCCGCUUCAAGAGCUUGAUAGAUAUAGAUAUGUUGAAGCACCAGCAAGAUUUAAAGAUGGAUCACACACUUUUACUAUUGAAGAUGUUACGAAGUUGGUUGACUGGAAGCUGUAAGUUUGUUCUAUUCAUAUUAUUUGUAUUAUUUUCAAUUGUUUUCUUUUUCGCGAUAUUUGGUUGGCAAUCGGUAGGUGGAGUCGAUGCCCGUGUUCUGAGCUUUAAAGAUCGGCUUUCGGAGUCUUUUCCUUUUCUAUUCCAUCACCAAAAAAUUAUCCAAAAAAUAUUCAUCUUAUUUUUGUUGAUUUCUAGUGUCUAAAUGUUCCAUUCAAUAUCUUUUGGAUUUAUUUCGAUACUAAUUCCUAUUUAGUCGACAUGGUGCAUACCGUCCAGGUUUCUUAAAGAAGGUUGGCAAGAACACAAAUGAGGCGGUUGAGGCUGCUACUAAAGAUGCCUUCGAGCACUACAAGGCCAAUCCCGCAGAUAUUGGCACCGUCAUCAGCAAGCUCAAGGAUCCAUUGAUGGGAAUUGGGCCGGCUACUGCAUCUCUCAUCCUCUCUGUUCAUGAUCCAGAUCAUGUGACAUUCUUCAGUGAUGAGGUCUUCAAAUGGCUUGUCAAUGAUGGCGAGCACAAACCAACCCCAAAAUACAAUCUUGCCGAGUUCGAGAAAGUUCACGCUGCUGCAAAGACCUUGGCAGCUCGUCUUCGUGUCAACCCCCUUCAGAUCGAGAAGGUUGCUUUCGUCAUCAUCAAGGAAUCCGAACCAGUUCUCGUGCCAAAGGAGAAGCCUGCCCCAAGUGGCCGUGGUCGCGGUCGUCCAACCAAGCCUGAUAGUGAGAAAAAAGUCAAGGCUCCAUCGGGACGUGGACGUGGUCGACCUCCCAGCGGUAUCGUCAAGCCCAAACCUACUCCUAGGGUUCCCAAAGCUCCCAAGGAACCAAAGCCUGCCAAGGUACCGAAAGCUGCUAAAGAACCGAAAGCCGCUAAGGUUCCCAAGUCUCCAAAGGCAAAGGCCCCAGCUGCUGACGCCGAGAAGAAGACUCCUGGAAAAAGAGGAAGACCAGCAAAAGCCGCUCCUGCAGAGGACACUACUGCAGCUACUCCAAGCUCAGGCAAAAAGAGAGGAAGACCUGCAAAGGAUGCUAGCGCUGCUCCAGGAUCCGCCACUCCUGCUAGCAAGAAGAGAAAGGCAUCUGAUGACGCUGCUACACCAGCCUCCGCUGGUCGUGGUCGUCCCAAGAAGGUCAAGGCUUGAUUUUCUUUCCUCUCAUCCAGUACAAUCAUUCAGCAAAGGGUUCUUGGGAUACGGACUCGUUCUUUUCCGAGAAUAUUCAUGUGCAUGCAGGUGUUUUUCAAAGUUCGUCUAGGUAGCUCUGAUUGUCUAUCUCAUCUUAGCAAACAGGGCACAUGGAUCAAACAGCGCUGGGGUCUCGCGCUAGGGGGUUUUCAUUUUUGCUUAAUAGGGCGUUGUCGAUACGGGAUAUGAACGUGAUGGUUGGGGUGGCAUGGAUACAAUUGUUUUUUUGUUAUUUAUCUGUCUUUGGCUCACUCAGGGGUUUGCAUGAUAACACACCAUGGAAUUACAUGAGUGUUUGCUUAGAAGCAAUAAAAUGUUUCUCGGCUGUGUGUAUUUUUGGCUCCAUUUGAUGUUUUGAAUGCUUGUACGUGCCGUGCUAGCUUGCUUUGGUGGAUUCGACUAGACGGUAACUGAGGAAGACCCAGGGUGUCUCAUAGUCCGGACCGACAGUCUAGAUUUAAGCG